GUGCGGGUCAUAGGAAGGUCUACAGAUCGGCGGUCCAGGAGCGAUCGGGUCGGUCCUCGGUUUGCAUGCGAGUUCGGAACUCUUCGUGAUAGUUCGUACUUUUCCGGCACGCAGGCUAAAGCCUUGCGUGAGUGAGGGGGGCUGAGCCCCGUCCGCUGCUCACACCUACCGCGGAAAGGCGUCUCGCGUUAUGGUGACGGUUCCACCUGAGACGCCGCCGCAGCGACAUGAGGAACAGACUAAUUUCUGGUACUCUGGAUAAUACGGAUUAAUUGAGCAGAUAAGUUUUUUUUUUAAACGGCCCGGACCGAUUGAGUUAACAGCCCGCAACUCGUUAAUUAAAUAUAGAAAAGGGACCAUGGCGACGGGUGGAUUCAGAUCUAACGCGGCUACGGACUUUCUGGAGGAAUGGAAAGCCAAACGGGAAAAGAUGAGGGCUAAAAUGCCUGGGGGCAUAUCAGCCUCGACCGGCUCCAGCAUCGGUGCGCUUCAUGGGGGUAGCAAUAAAAACGACACGCGGAGUUUGACUCCGGCCACCGAGGCGAGCGGCGGUGGUAGCGGCGGCGCCCCUGAGCGCGGUGCAGCCACUGUCACCUGCACGCAGUCCCACCCCGUGGCACGACCGACCGCCUCCUGCGAGCCCAGGGCCGCCGACGGGCCACCGGCCACCCCGAAGAAGGCUUCACAGCUGGAGAAAUUGCCGGGCACCCCGCAGGUGGACGCCGGCGACAACGACAAAGAGAGCCCCGCUCCGGGCGGCGGCUCUGGAAAGAGCAAAGAGAAGAAGAGCUCGGGUCCAAGCGCCAGGAAGGGCAAAGGGCAGAUAGAGAAGCGCAAGCUGCGGGAGAAGCGCCGUUCCACCGGGGUGGUCAGCAUACCGUCCAACGAGAGUUUGGACGAGCUGGAUGAUGAUGACUGCAGCAACAAGGAGCGAGAGAAUGACGAGGCUCUGACGCAGCACAACACGUUCCAGAAUGAGUCCAUGAGCACGGAUCCCGAGGAGACGCCAAGAGGCGUGACGGCCCGUUACAAAAGCGCGGCCAGUCCAGCUGCUGACGAGGAGCCUGGGGGGAACGGCAAGAUCCGGCAGGGGAACAGCCGUCACAGCGGCCUGGAGAGAAGAGUAGAGGAGCUGGAGAAGGAGCUCGCCAGUGUGCAACAGGAAAACAGCCGACUGCUGGCGGCCCACCAGGAAAAGGACGAUCUGAUCGAGAAGCUCAGGGAGGAAGUGGACCUGCUGAAUCGGGACCUGGAUGACCUUGAGGACGAAAAUGAACAGCUCAAGCAAGAGAACAAGACCCUCCUGAAGGUGGUCGGUCAGCUGACCAGGUAGAGGAAGUGCAGAAGGCCCCGGGAGGCGGACCCUCGUGUGAAGACCGGUGUCUUACAUCGCACACGCUCCUUUUCUGCUUCUGGGGUCUCCCUGCCUGCCGCAGGAAGACCUGUGUAGCCAGGGAGACCUUAAAGCUUUUAAAGCACCUUGUGAUCUGUAAAAUAAGGAAUGUUCUUGAUGGUGUAUUUUAUAGGUGUCAUACAAAGAACCGUAUGGUGUAAUGGGAUUUUCACCUUAAUUUGUUGGGUUAUAUUUAAUGUAAAUGUUUUGUACAGUGAAUAGGCCUCGCUGAUGGUCAGUAUGCAGAGGAAGGUCGUUCGAAGCCCCGCAAUGCUCUGUAAUUGUUAAACUUGUUCUGAUAGAACUGGGUUACCAUGUUAGUCACUGCACGGCUAAAUUAAACUCUCCAGGUGUUAAUUUCUUAGCCUGCCACAGUUGGUGACUUUUGUGGGCCUUUCCUGGGGUUUCCCCACUGGUGUUGUCCUGUAUUAUCUCACUAUGAAGGAGCAGUUCGACUGAGUGUUUUCCCCUCUAUACCAAAACUCCACAGCAGCAAAGAAUAUCUUCUGCAAGCCAAAGUGCUAUGAGUCACAGUUAAACCUGUUGAUUUUGGUUCAACCGCAUGGAAGAUCACGGGGCUUUUUGUAGUCAUGCAUGGCGUGACGAUCUUUGACUGCUGCACUCUGUUGAAAUCUGCAGUCAUACAGUACUACAUUUAUUACAUUAAGACCUUAUUAAAUGAAUUAAAUGUGUUAUUAAAGUGUAUUUUUUUAUUUCUCUCAGAAAUGUCCUAUUUUCCCUAUGGAAUGUGGAGAUUUUUCAUCUUGUAGCUAGUGUUUGAUAUCCAAGUGCUACGAUUUUCAGAAAUAUCGAUGGAUUUAAGCGAAGGUAUACAUACAAUCCAAGUGUUUACAAGUGUGUAUGAGAUAUUCUUUUGUUCUUUUCCAUUGCUGACAAAUCUAGCCAUUCAUAGUUUAAUCGAGCAAGAUAAAGAGAGUAUGCUGCUAUGGAGUAUUUUAAUGCCACAUCAAUCGCGGACAGUCACUCUGCUGGAAAGGCCUCUGGGGUGUGUUGCCCUUAAUGAUAUGGAGAACAGGUGUAUUUUAUGGCUGCAGUAACUGCAUUAGAUUUCGGUUUUCAUGACUCAAAUUAGGCUUAUUUUAGGCUUAUGUUUUUAUUAAGUCUGCUCCUUUAAAUCCAGUUAUAUUUGCAAAUGUAUAUUUUCCCUAAUUUGAUGUGUCAGGAUAUGUAGACUAUUUUCUGUGAUGAGCAUUCUAGACUAUGCAUGGACAGCCUUAGACAUCCAAUAAAAGUUCAGUUAUAUCUUUU